AGCGAAACAAAAAUACAAGAGCUGUUUCCUGUGUGCGAUCAUUUUCUCGCCGUAGUCGUUUUGGUUGGCCUUGUGUUUGUUUGGUAUUGUUUACCGUUUUGUGUGUUCAUGAGGACCACAUCGGUUUUGUCAACAUGACGGAGCUUCUGAGGCGCGUUUCCGUCGGCAGCGGGAACGUGUGGUUAGCAAUGUCCGUCUAGACGGUGGAACCGAACAUGUCCAGCUCGGAUACCGACCCGGCGGACGGCGCCCGAUGUCCGGAGGGCGACUGCGGACAGCACGGCGACGCCGAGGGUUCCAGCGCUUCGGCGGCGACGCAGACCGAAGAGAAGACGCCCGCUGGAGUGCGACAGAAGUUGAGGACCCUGACGUUCGGUCGACGUCGAAGCAAGAACGCGACGUCGUCACCGGCUGGCACCGCCGUUGUGACCGCUGCCAAGGAACAGCCUUCGUCGUCCCGCGAUUGCAAGCCGGCGCGGAAGGGUGGUUGGGGUUUCAAGCUCGGGUGUAGGUCGCGGCGCACGGCGUCUGCAGCCGCUGAUCCCGUCGCUAGCGAUCACCCGACGGGCUGUCCCAUAUGCAUCUGCACCGGGUACCGCCGGACGGAGGAGCGAAGCGUCGAUGCCGAGGCCGCGUUGAGAGUGACGCCGCCCCGCAGUCACGGCAAGUUCGCCUGCAACCCGGACGGCAAGUACCGGGGCGACGAGUACCAGGUGGACGACUGGGACGAGCGGGCUCGCAAGGAGCGAGCCCGCGAAAUCGAAGAGGGAGUCGACCCUCCCCCGGGUUUCCGUAGCGACGGUCGACCCUCGACCUCGUCUUCCUCCUCCGAAGAACAGCCGAGGGCCGCCGCGGUGCCCUCGCCGCAGCCUCUUCAACAACAGCUUCCCGAACUUGCCCUCGCCCUUCGCAACCAACUGGGCUUUGCCGGCGGCAACCCCGAGAGCCUGUCCCUGCCGUGGGAGGUCCUGAGCCAGAUAUGGGACGUGGCCCCGCAGGUCCACACCCAGGUCGACUACAUGCACUGCCUGGUUCCCGACUUGCUCGGCAUCACCUCGUGCAGCUUCUACUGGGGCAAGAUGGACCGGUACGAGGCCGAGCGGCUGCUGGAGAACAAGCCCGAGGGCACCUUCCUGCUCCGCGACUCGGCCCAGGAAGAGUACCUGUUCUCGGUGAGCUUCCGGAGGUACGGGCGCUCGCUGCAUGCCCGUGUCGAGCAGUGGAACCAUCGGUUCAGCUUCGACUCGCACGACCCCGGGGUGUUCUCGUCGCGCACUGUGUGCGGGCUCGUCGAGCACUACAAGGACCCGUCGUGCUGCAUGUACUUCGAGCCCAUGCUCACGCGGCCCCUGCACCGGACUUUCGUCUUCCCUCUGCAGCACUUGGCACGUGCGGUAAUCUGCUCCUGCAUUGCGUACGACGGUGCCGCAAAGCUGCCCCUGCCACGUAGCCUCAAGAGCUACCUGCGCGAGUACCACUACAAGCAGCGGGUGCGUGUGCGCCAGAUUGAGGAUGGGGGCACUACGGUACAGAUGGGCGAAGAACUGCUGGCGCAAGGCGACAUCGAGAACGGCGUGGAGCAUCUGAGCAGUGCGGUGGCUGUCUGCGGCCAGCCCCAGCAGCUGCUGCAGGUUCUGCAGCAGACCCUGCCUCCCCAGGUGUUCCACCUACUCCUGCAGCGCCUGCCCGUCGUCUCGCAGCGCCUAGCAGACAGUGCUGGAGGACCACCACUGGUUGAAGAUGACGUCGAGUAAGCGUCAACACCGGCACCUCCAGGCCACACCCGUCGCCGACCAUCGCAGAAUCUUGGAACACUGAUUGGAAUAAGUCCCCAUCAUGCCUGGAAAUCAAGAUGCUUGGUGCAGACAUCUGCUUAGAGAUGAUUUGUACUAUAGACUUGGAAAACAUUUUGUAAUCUGUUUCUCUUUUUUGUGUUUCACAAAUCUCUCCGCUCCCUAAAGGUCAUUGAUAAGCGUUAAAUUGCGUCAACGAUAAACGUCACCUUGUGAAGCUCCUGACGUUUUUUUUAGCACCUAUAUUGAAGGCAUAAAUUAUGAAAAAUGUCUGUAAUUCAUACCGCAUAUCUUGUGUCACUUAAUUGUGAUUUCACUGCUAGCGCAACGCUAUAUGACUUAGUGGCACAUCAGUCUGAAUCACCGAGUGAUUGAAAAGAUUGUCAAAAGAUUUCUGUUGAUGUUGUGCAAAGUGUUAGACCCGCACGGUACUACUGAUACAGUCGAAAUUGCUGCUACACAGGCUCAAUAAAUGCUAUGUUUUGCGAGUUAGAAAGGCCGAGUUAUUGUAGUUUGCUCAAUAUAUUUUGAAGCUUGGUUGAGAGUUAGGUUUGUUUCACGAGCUGCAGAGUGCGUCUCUUGAGUUCGUGUUAGCAGAUCGAGUUGUCCAGAUGUACCGCGUCACACUCAGUGUUGCACUGUUUUCUUUCCUGGGUGUUUAUGCACACUUAACUGUUACUUUAGCUCUGUAACAGCAUGGGGCAGUCUGUUGUUUGUUGCCCUCAAACUGCGUUAGAUAAGGAUUGUUGAAAAGGAAAAAUCAAUGAAACGUUACUGUAACAAGUGUUGUGAGUGGCGGAUGUAGUUAAGUAGGGAAGUGUAUCAAAAGCUUGUUUCCCAACUCUCUUUUUUGACUACUCCGAAGUAGCCUUGCGACAAUGUUGUACGUUGUACCUUGGCCACAUGGGACACUUUCAAUCUUAAUUGAGCUUAGUCACAGUCGGUUGUGUCACCUGUGAGCGACGCAAUGCAAGGAAGCGACCUUGUUGUGGAAGCACACUCUAGCCAACUGGUUGUUCAGCGAGGUGAUGACAAGUACGGACGAGACCACAACUGAAUUUCAGUGCACAGGCCCUGCAACCUCUGGCAGUAACUUCACUCGACAGUGUUUACUUAAAAAAAAAACUAGUAUUGUCAUGGUCACAGCCACAGCAUGGCUUGUAAGGGAUCAAACACGAAUCAGACCAUCUUGCAGUAUCAGCUUACAUGAACAGAGAAAGUGGCGUAUUACCGACAAGAUAAGAUCAAGAUAGACCUCUGGUCACCUGGGACAGUUCUUUCUUGGGGGCAACCUCCGGGGAAUCAAUGAAUAUUGCUGUUAAAAUUUGCUACGUGAAACAUGUAUAUAGUGAGUGCUGAUAGUUUCUUACUAAUUUCUCCGGCAUGCUGUUGCCGAUUCUAAAGAAAAUCCUGAAGCAUUCACACAUAUUCUUGGAAAUAGCCAUUGCACUAUAGCUUUGUUUCACUGCACUGAAUUCACAAUACAUUUGCUCGUACGUGAAGCAGUGCGAGGAAAAAACUGAAGACGCACGCAGCAAGAGACGGGGCAUGCUGCAAGUCCCAACUUUAUUUGCACGCUUCCGAUCUAGCCAUUUGUUUUCUUUUUUGCAUUAUAACUGUGAAAAAUGUUGUACUAUACUAUUGAAGCCAGAUGUCCAUACGUGCCGGCUCAAGUUAUAUUGAGAGGCGGUGAUUACUACCAAAUAAAACCAGAUUCGGACUUUUA